AGGAAUGGUGAAAGUAUGGUCAAAAGAUGGCGAGAGAUGGGAAAAGAUGAUAAAGGAAUUACUGAGUAGACACGGUCAAAUAAUUGGCAAUGCCGUCUUGUCCCGGAACGCGUGCGUGCCAUGGCAAUCUGUGCGGGCAGGGAUUGGGAACGGAUAUAUAUAUAUAAGGCAUCCCGCUCCUGUAAAAGAUAACUCCUUAAGUCAUUUUUCAAUUGAAAAGAUUAAUCGCUGUCACUUCUCCCAACAAGUCCCCCUGAUCGAUUGUUGUUGCCCCGGGCCAUCAACAUUUUCUGGUGCUCGGGUAGGCCCGGGACUAAUCCUUAUGAGGGAGCUGUCCAGGGGUUUCCACUUGAAGCCCGCCUGGGGACUCCGAAUGCGCACCGAACGAAUAUUUUUGCCCUCGGGUUUCGACCUAUGGGCGUAGGACGUAAGGCAACGAGAUCAACACAUGAGUGUACUGGCAUUUGAAUAUACUAAUACCUGAGUCACUACAAAAAUGAGCCUCGUCGCUCGCGAUUGAUAAUCAUGUGGAUCAAUGGUCUAUGCUUUUCGUAUAUGAAUGGUCAAUGAUAUAUAUAAUAUAACAAUCACUAGCUACUCCAGCGUGUCCGGCACAACCGGCAUUCCACCCCAACAACAAAACCUAUUUCCAAUUCAACCCUACCAAAAUGAG